ACAAGACACUUCUGGAAGUGUAGAGGAGAGCAAGUAUCCAUUUUCUUGGGAUUUAGUCUUGUACAAUUAUACAGCUAGGUUUUUAAACCUUUAAAAACCAUACAGUUCUGCUAAUAGACGUAUAGGAAAGCCUCUGGCCAUGUUGAACUCACCAUCCCCGAUGAAAACGGCUUUAGCAUCAGAAGUCUUUGUGUGGCAAAAUGAAUCCUCUCUGGCAUUGCCCUCAGACAUCCAUCUGAAAAGUGGUACGGGCAGAGACCAGCGGGUCAAAGAACAAGUGAUGAUGACAGUGAAGAGGCAAAAGCCAAGAGCUGCUCAGUCUUCUACAAUGAAUUAUGCUUCUUCUGCAUAUGAAACCCUGGAAGAUUCUUACAAUAUGAAUCGCAACAGCUCAGUUUCAGGCAAUCAGUAUUCUAAGUACCAAAGUGGUAACAACUGGGGGUACCAGUAUAAUGGCACUCUAAAGAAGGAAACCAAGCGCUAUAGCUCACAAAGUCAAUUUGACAACUGUGGUCGACAGCAAUUCAUGUCUGUAGGAGGCCCUAUCAGUCCAGGAAGUGACUAUGGCUAUAUGCAUACCCUUAAAAGCAGUCGAAGUGAGCCAGAUCUCACUGGUCCCAGUAUAAGACCUACCCAGCGUCGCCAGACCGUCUAUAAUGCUCAGUAUCAGAAUAAUGGUCAGUAUCAAAAUACACAGCAACCACGCCGCUCUGUUAGGGGAAGUACCAAUAACUCAAGUUUCUACAGCCAGCAAAGCUCUCAGUGGAAGACUUCAAACAUGCCAGCACGCACACCAUCUUCCAUCUCAACUGGGCAACGUCAGCCUCUUUACUCCACUAUGCAAAGAUAUGAACAACAAGCAUAUGCUCCGAAGCAGGAAACCUAUGCACCAACCUAUGCACCAACCUAUGCACCUCCACAAUUACCAUCCAGGAUGGAGUCCCGUGAUGAAUUUGAAGGACCAUCUAUGACCAUAGAAAAGGCAGUGGAACUUCUUUCAUAUGACAAGCAACAGACCGCUGGUGCCAGCUAUAUACAACAUACGUGCUAUCAAGAUGAGAACGCUAAGAAUGUGGUAUACCAGCACAAUGGCAUCCAGAAGCUAAUCGCUCUGUUAGACAACCCCGACCAGAAAGUACAGCAAGCUGCAGCUGGUGCACUAAGGAACCUUGUCUUUAAGAAUAAUCCAAAUAAAAUUGAGACAAGUCAAAAAGGAGGUGUCCGUGCAGCUGUCAACCUCCUGAAGAAGACUCCCAAUGAAGAGACUCAGAAACAACUAACAGGUCUUCUGUGGAAUUUGUCCUCUACAGACCAACUGAAAGAUGAACUUGUUAGGGAAGCUCUCCCUGUCCUGAAUGAAUGUGUAGUGAUUCCAUUCUCCGGCUGGACAGAGAAUUCAGUGCCCUGUCAGAAAAGUAACAUGCACCCUGAAAUAUUUUUCAACGCCACGGGUUGUUUAAGGAAUCUUAGUUCAGCAGAGGUUGGUCGUCAAGCCAUGCGUAACACCCCAGGACUGGUGGACUCUCUGAUGUAUUACAUCCAGAAACAACUGGCCAACAAUAACCCCGAUGACAAGUCAGUGGAGAACUGUGCCUGUAUUCUGCACAAUCUUUCUUACCAUUUGGAUUCUGAGGUGCCCAAUAAGUAUUCUCAACUGAAUGAGCAAAUGUUGCGCAACCAGCAAACAGACAAAUCUUCCACUGGCUGUUUCAGCAAUAAGAGCGAGAAGAUACAGAAUAAUAACUUUGAGCUGCCACUUCCAGAAGAAGAUGUUAACCCUAAAGGGGCUUCUCUGCUGUCUCACUCCAGUGCUAUAAAGACAUACCUGUCUCUUCUGGGGCAGAGUAAGAAAGACUCAAUAUUGGAAGCAAGUGCUGGAGCGCUGCAGAAUCUCACCGCAAGCAAGGGGCCGAUGUCCAAUGGGAUGAGUCAGAUUAUUGGCAUGAAAGAAAAUGGACUGCCGCAAAUUACACGAUUGCUUCAAUCUGGAAAUUCGGAUGUAGUAAAAACAGGAGCAUCUCUACUGAGCAACAUGUCCCGACACCCAGCUCUUCACAGAAACAUGGGUACCCAGGUGCUUCCAGAUGUUUCUCGCCUCCUGUCCCAGACCUCUACAAGUGCAACAAACUCAGAAGAUAUCUUAUCCUCAGCAUGUUACACCAUGAGAAAUCUUGUUAUGGCCCAGCCUCAAUUGGCAAAGCAAAGCCUUUCUACCAACCUAGUGGGAAAUGUGAUCAAUAUGUGUAAGAACGGAGCUUCACCCAAAGCUGCAGAAGCUGCCCGUCUUUUCCUGACAGAUAUGUGGUCCCAAAAAGAGCUGCAAGGGAUACUCAAACAGCAAGGACUAGAUAAGAGUAUCAUGGGAUCACUAGCAAGUUCUACUGUUCGAAACAUGAUUCCUCGGGUUUUUUAAAUCACAUUUAAAGGACAUCCUAUCUUUGAGCAGAUUGCCAUUCCUUUCAACUGUUACACAGAACCAAGACGUGUAUGUGUAAUCUGCAGAAGUACUGGGGUGAUGAUCUGACAAGCCAUCUCCUU